GCUGAGGUGUGGACACCCCACCGUGCAUGGUUUUUGUUGGUGAUAACUAGGGGGAAGGCGGAAGGUGGAAGGGAGGAUUCCAAACCUGGGGGAUGGGGGACGAUUGUAAUCCAGGAAGCAUGCUUCAGCUGGUGCCGAAGCGUAAAUUGACAAAGGCAGACAUUGGAACAGGUGAUCGUCCUUGGUUUAAUUUGCAUCCCCAUAAACGGUGGCUAACAUUUGUAGGUCCAGAAGGAUCACUUCAGAUGUGGGACUAUGAAGUGGGAAAACGGGUUGCACUCUGGUCUGUUGACAACAGUUAUGGGCGUGCCUAUUUCAUUGGGCAAAAAGAUUGGAUUGUGGCAGAGGCACGCGAACAGCUUGAAGUGUUUGAAAUCCAAAAUUCAACUCUGCAGUCCGUGGUGCGUCUAAUGAGAGGUUACGGUGAUUGGCCAGUCCUGGCGGUCUAUCCAACCUCAUCUUAUCUUCUGAGCCACUUCGAAGGGAACGAUGUUGCACUUUGGGACUGGGAGAAGGAGUGGGAGAAGAUUGUGUUCAAAGGCCAUUCAGACUGGAUCAGGGCAGUGGCAUUUCACCCAACAGAGUUGAACCUCUUUGCAAGCUCAUCAAUGGAUUCCACAAUUAGGGUAUGGGAUAUUCGAAAAAGGUCCGUCAUGCAUACCAUACAAGAUGCUUGCAUUGAUUUGAUAUGGCGUUUGCAGUUCUGCGGCAAAUCUCAAAAGCCACUUCUGAUCACAAGCGGCAAUACCAAAGAUGCAAGGGUUUGGGAUUAUCAAGAGGCAUCGUGCAUUGCCAAAUUGGAAGGGCACAAGGAUUAUGUCUGGAGUGCCUUUUUCCACCCGCACAUCCCGUAUAUCUUCACUAUGGACGAGGGUGGGGAAAUCAAGGUCUGGAAUGAGUUAAACUACCAACUAGUGCUGUCUUAUUCCACUCAGUUCAAAGUUGGCAUCAUGGCCCCUUGCAGAGAUUCAAACAAGAUCGUCGCCUCUGGUGACGGGGAGAUUCUUGUGUUAGAGCUGGUUGGCAGCGGAAUUGUAGAGUAGAAUCCAAGCAGAGAGCUUGGCGCGGUCGACCAAGCAUUGAUUCAACAAGAGCUCCUGGAGGGAGGUCAAGCACAGCGUACGGCCAUGCUCAUGCGCUUGGAGCGUGACUCUCAGUACGUUGCUCCAGAAUACUGGCGGUAUAAGAUUUUCGACAAGAGGACAGGCAUUUAUGCCUUUGGCAUCACAGUUCUGGAGACUCUGACGGGCAAGUUGUCAGAUGCAUAUGAAAUAGUUGAAGCUGCGGUGGACGAUGAUCAUGGAGCUUUUCUCAAUGUUCUGGACCCGAAUGCGGGUGGCUGGGAUGCAGACCUUGCAGCAGAAGUGGCACGCUUGGAGUUGAGGUGCGCCAGUCUGGACCGCCGUCAUCGGCCAGAUAUGAUGAUGGGAGGCAAUGAGAGCAUUCUUACCAUAUUGGAGAGAGUUGCUCUUGAGGUGGAUCUUGCUGACGAGGUAGAGGUUGCACCGCAGAAUCGGUGAGUCACCCACUGAAGGGGGUGUGUGGGCGCGCGAUAAUAUGCUAAUUUUUAUUUAUGCAUUUCAUGGGUGGUGGGGGCCUUCUGCAUUCUAUGAGCGGUGGGUGCCCUGAUCUUGGCUCUUUCUUUUUUUUAUUGUCUGUUAAAGGGGGGGGGAAUGUGGGAGUAAAAAGGUUUGAAACGG